AUGCCAUCGAGCGGACCCUCAGAUAAAUCCCCCCCUCCUCAAACAGUGGAUAUACCACCAGCUGGAUCUGACCAGCUGCCUGGUGAUGCUAACGCCUAUGUAGAAACACUGAGAAAAUGCUGGGCGACAGGAUCGCGACUGGAACUCCUCACAUUGCAUAUCCCGAAGUAUGCGAGCAGCCUCGCUGAAAGUCGAACCUGUGCAAACAACUACCUGGACGUCAUUGUGAAUGACUAUUUCAUGCAUUUCCAUUGGAAACUCAAGGUCUCAGAGGAACCGCCAACUGAUGUGUCUCCCAUAUCUCACUGUUCCGAGGCGCUCACCCCAUUGGAAUCCCUUCAAAAGCAGCGCAAAAUUGCAUCCAUAAGCAAGACUAUACAUAACUGGUUUGAGAACCAUUCCAAAGCUGUGCGCAAGCUCGGCGUCAGCGCAAAACCCAAGAACGAUCCAUGGACACGUCUUCUUUCCCAGUUGUCCGGUGUCUCACCACACAAGCCCAGAAUGCUACAAGCUCACCAGCGGUGGUCCAAGGAUUUCUACAAAAGUAUGGUGAAAGAAAGAUUUGAGGCACAGUGGGAACUGUCAUCUUGCUCUCCAAAAGAGAAAACCUCAUUCCGUGACCUACUUGCUCAGACAGAAGGUAAAGAGGCAAUCAAGGAAUGGAAGGCCAUGUUGGACGCUCCUCCUCGUACUGACCCAGUUUCUCGUCAAGCUGCACUCAAUAGACUUGCCUCAUUUGCAGGACCCCUGCUAUCUGGAAUUUCACUUGCGCUGGGCAUGCAUGUCACCCUGAUGGUUGGCGGACCUGAACCGCGCAAGCAAGGCAAAAUUAGUGUAAUCAGCAUGCACAAGGGUGUCGAUCUUCGCCCACAGCCUCAAAAUUGGCAGACGGCUAACAAGGGAAAAUUCAAGACUGUCACCAAGCUUUUUCAGGAAUAUCUCAAUGGCUGCUACAGUAAGUGA